GCAUACGUGAAGAUAAGAAACCGUCGGGGAGAGAGGCGGAGGCAGUGGCAGUGAAAUGGCUUCAACCUGCUGCGUAAAUUCGCCUAUGAAUGUGAAAGCUAAUUCUCUUUCUCCUUCCUCUUCAAAUAAACCUAAGCACAUUUCCCCCACCCAUUUGAGCUUUGCUUCUAACACAGCGUCUUUCUCUCUCAAUUCACAUGAAUACCUUAGUUUCCGGACGACCUAUUUACCCAAGGCCACAAAUUUCCAGGUCAUGGCAUCAUCAGCAAAGGCAGAGCCUUUAAAGAUAAUGAUAUCAGGCGCUCCUGCUUCUGGUAAAGGUACUCAAUGUGAGCUCAUCACUAAGAAAUAUGGCUUGGUGCAUGUUGCUGCUGGAGAUUUAUUGAGGGCUGAGAUUGCUUCAGGAAGUGAGAAUGGGAAGCGAGCAAAAGAAUACAUGGAGAAAGGACAAUUGGUACCUGACGAAAUAGUUGUCAUGAUGGUAAAGGACCGCUUGUCGCAGCCAGAUUCUCUAGAAAAAGGUUGGCUUUUGGAUGGAUAUCCUAGGAGCUUAUCUCAGGCUACUGCUCUUAAGAGUUUUGGUUUCCAGCCUGAUCUUUUCAUUCUCUUAGAAGUUUCAGAAGAUAUUCUUGUUGAGAGAGUUGUUGGUCGCAGAUUAGAUCCUGUAACAGGAAAGAUAUACCACUUGAAGUACUCUCCCCCAGAAACUGAAGAAAUAGCUGCAAGGCUUACCCAACGCUUUGAUGAUACAGAAGAAAAGGUAAAGUUACGUUUGCGUACUCAUCAUCAGAAUGUGGAGGCAGUACUGUCAAUGUACGAAGAUAUAACAAUUAAGGUUAAUGGAAACGUGGCAAAGGAGGAUGUUUUUACUCAAAUUGACAAUGCCCUGACCAAACUAGUUGAGCAAAAGAAAACACCUCUGGCUGCAUAGAUGAAGGUAUCUCCGGCAACUCUCUCAAUUAUCAUACACUUGUAUUAUACAUAAUAAAUACUUGAAAAGUAAUUGCAAUUGUUGGAAACUAGCACUACAUGCGCGAAUAAUAAAUAUUCUCAAAGCGAUGAUUAAGAUUGUUUUUUUCAA